AGUUUAGCGGAGGGGCGGCCUCGGCGCGGGGCCGUCGCUGAGACGCCGGUGCUGCUAGAGGGAGGAGGCUGCAGGUCACGACGUGGGGCGGCCAGCGAUGAAGCCGCCUAGUUCAUUGCAAACAAAUGAGUUUGACUCAUCAGAUGAAGAGCCUAUUGAAGAUGAACAGACUCCAAUUCAGAUAUCAUGGCUACCCCUGUCACAAGUGAAUUGUCCUCACUUUCUUGGCUUAUGUGCUCUUCCAGGUUGUAAAUUUAAAAAUGUUAGAAGAAAUAUCCAAAAAGAUACAGAAGAACUAAAGAGCUAUGGUAUACAAGACAUAUUUGUUUUCUGCACCAGAGGGGAACUGUCAAAAUACAGAGUCCCAAACCUUUUGGAUCUCUACCAUCAGCAUGGAAUUAUCACUCACCAUCAUCCAAUCCCAGACGGAGGGAUUCCUAAGAUAGCCAGCUGCUGUGAAAUAAUGGAGGAACUUGCAAUCUGCCUUAAAAAUAACCGGAAAACCUUAAUACACUGUUAUGGAGGACUUGGGAGAUCUUGUCUUGUAGCCGCCUGUCUCCUACUAUACCUGUCUGACGCAGUUUCACCACAGCAAGCCAUAGACAGCCUGAGAGACCUCAGAGGAUCUGGAGCGAUACAGACCAUAAAGCAAUAUAAUUAUCUUCAUGAGUUUCGGGACAAACUAGCUGCACAUCUAUCAUCAAGAGAUUCAUUAUCAAGAUCUGUAUCUAGAUAAAAAAGAAUUUCAAAUAACAUAUAUAUGACCAUGUCUGAAAUGUAAGAGCUAUUUUACUAAUUUGUAUUGAAACGAAACUUCCUAGUGUAUCAGCUUGAAUGUAAAUAUAUCUGUGCAGAUAUUCCUAAAGCUUUUAUUGACAAAUUUCAGUUGUGUCUCUCUUGUAGAAGAUCGAAUAAUUGCUAUACAAUUUUUGAAAUGCACCGUCUUCUCUGGUAUAUUUUACCUGGAAGUAAUGAUGAAAUGAGCAUAUGGAAAAUGUU